CAAAAUAAAAAUAAAAUAAUAACAGAGACAUAUGUCUCCAAGUAUAAUCUAUAUAUAUACAUCCAAUAAAGACCACCUGUAUCUGUAAACCUUAAAGCCAGAGACGUAACAGAGAAUUUUAUUAGUCUCUCAAUCUCAUUUUCCACAAAACAAAUCAUGUCAUCAUCAUCAUCAUCAUCAGCCACUGAUAUUAACGCAAAGCCGUCGUCGUCGUUGCCGGCGGUGGAGUCUGUCACGUGCGACACGUGCGGUUUCGCUGAAGAGUGUACGCCGGCUUACAUCAACCGUGUCAAAGAACGGCACAAAGGACACUGGCUUUGUGGGCUUUGCGCGGAGGCGGUAAAAGACGAGGUGGUUCGAUCUUCUACUCGUAUCUCCGUCGAGGAAGCUCUCCGCCGUCACACGACGUUUUGCCACCGUUUCCGUUCUUGGAGCCCUGACGAGGAGGAAGAUCCGAUUUCAGUCAUUGGUAGGAUUCUACGGCGGAGCCUCGAUGGCUCUCCACGGAGAACCACCACGAGGACUAGCUCGAGCGGAGCUUUGCCGGGGAUCGACGGUGUAGAGUCACGACGGUCGCUUCUCCGAUCUGGGAGUUGUUUCCCGUCUCUCUCUGCUUGAAUAAUCAUGUUAGUUUUGUAAAUUUGUUUUAUAUUUUUUUGUUUAAGAUUAUUUGCAUCAUUAUUUGUAUUUAAUUACAUUUUAGAAGGAGAAGAAAGAGUUGGGAUCCGAGGAAUUAAAUUUCCUAUGACGUCAUACUUUCUUCAUAAGUGAGUAGUUACUAAAAUGCUGUAAAAACUAGGAUAUGACCCGCGGUACACCGCAGGUUAAUUAUUUGAUUUUUUUAUUUUUAUAAAUUGAUGAA